AAACACACAGAAAAGAAAAGAGGAAUUCCAAAAUCCCCAAAUCGAAACCAGAACCAAAAACCAAACCCCAAUCUCAUCCUCUUCAACCCAACCCUUUUCCGUUCCUUCUCCAACCCUAAUUCCAUCUUCUUCUUCUUCUUCUUCCUCUUCUCCCAAUUCCCUUUCACCGUGGAUCCGAUCGCGCUCCUCAGAUAUAUGCGGUAUGAAUAAUCUGAACACAAUGGAUGGAAGAUAAACAUAGAGAUGGCUAAAAUGUCUUCUUCCGCUUCUUCAUCAUGGGAGCGUGCGCAACGCCUUUAUGAAAAGAAUAUUGAGUUGGAGAAUCGGCGAAGAAGAUCAGCUCAGGCUCGAAUUCCUUCAGAUCCCAAUGCAUGGCAACAAAUGCGUGAAAAUUAUGAAGCAAUAAUCCUUGAGGACUAUGCUUUUUCUGAACAGCACAAUACUGAAUAUGCUCUGUGGCAAUUGCAUUACAAGAGAAUUGAGGAGCUGAGAGCACAUUUCAGCGCUGCUUUAGCUUCUGCUGGCUCUAACAGUUCUAAUAGUUCUAACAACUCUAACAAUUCUCCGGGAGUGCCUACAAGGCCUGAUCGAGUUUCAAAAAUAAGACUGCAGUUCAAAACAUUUCUUUCAGAAGCCACUGGAUUUUACCAUGAUUUAAUAUUGAAAAUCAGAGCAAAAUAUGGCCUUCCUUUGGGUUUUUUCUCGGAGGAUGCGGACAACUGUAUUGCUACAGAUAAAGAUGGAAAGAAGUCUGCUGACAUGAAGAAAGGGCUCAUAUCUUGUCAUCGGUGUUUGAUAUACUUGGGUGAUCUUGCACGUUACAAAGGAUUAUAUGGGGAAGGCGACUCAAAAAAUCGGGAGUACAAUGCAGCUUCAGGUUACUACCUUCAAGCAGCAUCACUUUGGCCAUCGAGUGGCAAUCCUCAUCAUCAGCUUGCUAUAUUAGCUUCAUACUCAGGAGAUGAGUUGGUAGCUGUUUAUCGAUAUUUCCGGAGUCUGGCUGUUGAUGCUCCAUUUUCUACUGCCAGAGAUAAUUUGAUUGUUGCAUUUGAGAAGAACCGUCAGAGCUACGCUCAAUUGUCUGGGACUGCUAAAAAUUCUGUGGUGAAGGAAUCACCUGUUCGGUUUAGUGGAAAAGGACGGAAGGGAGAAGUAAAGCUUGCAACUAAAGAUUCUAGUACUGAACCCCCAAAGGAGAGCGCGUUAUCUCCUCAUGAGACAUUUAGAUCCUUUUGCAUCAGAUUUGUUCGGCUAAAUGGAAUUCUUUUCACUCGCACGAGCCUAGAGACGUUUGCUGAAGUCCUCUCAUUGGUCAAUAGUAGUCUCUGCGAACUUUUGUCUUCUGGACCUGAAGAGGAACUGAGUUUUGGAACGGAUGCUGCUGAGAACAGUCUCAUCAUAGUUAGAAUUGUUGCAAUUCUUAUAUUCACAGUUCACAAUGUGAAUAAAGAGACUGAAGGUCAGACAUACUCAGAAAUUGUACAGCGGGCUGUUUUGCUCCAGAAUGCACAUAUUGCAGUGUUUGAGUUGAUGGGUUCUAUUUUGGAUAGAUGUUCCCAGUUGGUUGAUCCUUUGUCAAGUCUUUUUCUGCCUGGCCUUCUAGUUCUUGUUGAAUGGUUGGCUUGUUGCCCAGAAAUUGCAGCAAGCAGUGAAGUGGAUGAAAAGCAGGCAACUGCUAGAUCAAAGUUUUGGAACCUUUGCAUCUCAUUCUUCAAUAAACUGUUGUCAAGUGGUUCUGUGUCUUUAGAAGAUGACGAGGAUGAAACUUGCUUUUUUAAUCUCAGCAAGUAUGAAGAGGGUGAAACUGAAAAUCGGCUUGCAUUAUGGGAGGAUCUUGAAUUGAGGGGAUUCUUGCCGCUUAUUCCUGCACAAACUAUAUUGGAUUUUUCAAGGAAACAUUCCGGAAGUGAUGGCAAUAAAGAGAAGGUUGCUCGUGCUAAAAGGAUUCUGUCUGCGGGGAAGGCUUUAGCAAAUGUAGUCAAGAUUGAUCAAGAACCAAUAUACUACAAUUCGAAGGUGAAAAAGUUUUGUACUGGUAUUGAACCUGAAGUGCAAAAUGAUUUUGUCAUCCCAUCAUCUUCUAGCAUCAUGCCCAGUACAGGCAACGUGAUGCAAGAAACUCAAGUAGAGAAAGCAAACAAUUUUGCAGUUGGGAAGUCAAGUUCACAGCUAGUUUUGGAAGGGGAAGAGGAGGAUGAAGUAAUUGUCUUCAAGCCACUAGUUUCUGAGAAGCGAAUUGAUGUGACUGAUACACUGCGGUCAGGUUAUGAAGGUUUGCAACCGGGAAGAAAUGCUUCUGGAGGUGAUCUGAGAUCUUAUCAUGGCAUGCCGUCCACCUCUCCUGAUGAUGUUCACCAGCCAAAUAAUUUUGAGUCAAGUUCUCAAGUACCUGUAACUGCUUGUAAUAUUAACACACUCCAUUGGCAAACAGUUCAGAUGAAUGCUUCUAGAUGGCCAGUCGAACAGGAUGCUUCUCUUGCUAACUGCUUGCAAAGUUUGAGGUUAUUGGAGAACGGGCAUGGGAAGAAUUCCGAUCUUCAGAAUGAUAUAAGCAUGUUUAAUCCGGCAGCUCACUCAAUGCCUAUCAAACAAGCUGUUAGCAUAAAUAAUGAUGCAUUUUACAGUGACAAGAAACCCCUAGGAGCUCUUGUACAGUCUAGGAAUGAUGCUCCUGCAUCGUUUGGUUGCAUUAUAGACCCAAUGACUACAAGCGCAUUUUCUAGCCUUCAAACAGGGUUGAGAAAAAACCCAGUUGGUCGACCAGUUAGGCAUCUUGGACCUCCUCCCGGAUUCAACAAUGUUCCUACUAAGCAUGCUAAUGAAUUCCUUCCUGGUUCAGAGUUUAAAAGUGAGAAUCAGAUCAUGGAUGAUUAUAGCUGGUUGGAUGGAUAUCAGCUGCCCUCUUCUACAAAAGACCCUGGUAAUGCCAUACAUCACACAUCUCAUAUGAAUGCCCAGCAACUUGGUGGUAGUAAUGUCAUGAGUGCCACAAUCAACUUCCCUUUUCCGGGCAAACAGGUUCCCAGUGUGCAGUCUCCAAUCGGGAAACAGAAAGGCUGGCCUGAUUUUCAGGUGCUUGAGCAGCUAAAACAGCACAAUGAACAACAUCUACAGCCACAUCAACAGCUUGUGAAUGGUGGUAGUCAACUCUUUACUCCGCUGCCUGAGCAAUAUCCAGGACAGUCUAUAUGGACAGGUCGUUAUUUCAUGUGAUGUCAGUUCGAGAGAUAGAUGGUUCUUGGGAAUGAUAAUGGUGAUCGGACCACAUCCUGGUGCCAAAUUGAACUCCACCUUUGCUGCCUGUUGAAAAAUUUGUUGGAGCAUUUCUGGCCUUGGAUUUAAGCAGGCACUUGCUACCAUAACAGCGAAUUGGCCGAGCUCUCCAGCAAGAGGGGGAAGAGAAAGGUUGGAAACAUUUUUCGAUGAGCUGUUCGUAUGGAAGUAAAUGCCUUGUCAGGUUUCUUGGGGUGUGGUUAGAAGGUCUUCUUAAGUUCAUCGGUUUUGGGGCUUAUCUCAAGGGAUUUGGUGGGGGGGAUAAGAUGGUGUACUCAGUAAAUCUACUUAACUGUCGAGUCUAGCUGUCGAAAUUGCUUUUACCAUCAUCCGAUGGCAGGUGAGUUGAUAAUAUUGUGCUGCUUGGCAAGUUGUCUCCGAAGACUUUUGGGCGUAUUCUCUUUGCGGGUAAGAAUCUACGUUACCUGAACUGGAUGAUGGUGGGUUUCAAAUCAUAUGUUUGGUUUGGAGGACUACAAUCUUUGAUAUGAAUCACCCUUACUCUCAGUCAAGUAAGGGAGCUGGUUGUUAUUGCACUAUUUUGUUACGAGUGAACCGGAAUCUUUAGGUACUUUCUAGUUUUAAAUGUGGUUGAGGUCUACUCAGGUCCAGAAAUAAUUUGUGAAACGUGUCAGACGUGUUUGCUGGUUACUAUGCACUGUUGUACUACUCUGGUUUGUUCGUUACAUUUCAUGUUUACAGAUUGUUUUUCCUUUAAUAGCUUGGUUUUAUUGUGUAUGAGAUUUCUGUUUUUACA